UUCCGGCCGUGUACUACAUUAUACGUAUGUACAUACAUUUAUGCGUAUAUUAUACGGCGGGGGGAGGUGGCAGGUGUGAAGGUAUACAGGUAUACGCGUUAUAUGGUCCGUGUGCACGACGAUUUGUGAUAUCACGCGCUUUCUCGCGAUCAUCUUGGCAAAGUUGCGCGAAAUGACGUAAAAUCGCCGAUUGACAGCGUCGCCGAGACUCGCGGCUUGACGUCGGCGAAUUUCCCCCCAGGUUGUGUGUGUGCGCGCGCGCGCGCGUUGCCCGUACACAAGCGAGCGUACUUUUCUACCGAAUAUAUACCGCGCGUGCUACUUGGCGCGCGUCUCGUUCGCCGUGUGUCGUUUGUAUCUUGUUCGACGAUCGGAUUUCGUUCGUCUGUGUUGAUCGAGGUCCUCGCGGUAGGAAAAAGUCAUCGCGGGUGAAAGGAAAUCGUCGCGAUGCCGCUGCUACGCAAACAGCCGUUUCAGCGGCUCUACGUCUCCUCUGACUUUAGGGACGACGACGAGGUGUACCAUUGCGAGGUUACGAACGAGAUAUUCAAGAACUACAAUGAAUUUUGCGAGCGAAUUAUCUUGUGUAAUUCGCUUAUAUGGUCAUGCAGUAUCACAGGCAGAACUAACAUGACAUUUGAAGAAGCUUUACAAUGUGAAGAAAAUGCAAAGAAGAGCUUGAAAGAGUUUCCAAUGGAGUUACGAAUCCCUAUACUAUACCUUGCUAGUAAAACAAAUAGAUCUUCUUUUAAUGAGAUGAUUGAAGAUGUUUACCAAUUUGCGAGAGAUCGUUAUUUUGUGGGGGAAAUGGUAGAGGCUAGCUUUACUGAAGAAUCUUGGUGUGAUUGUCAUGUUCUUCAAGUUAUUGUACCUACAGAACAGCAAAUUAAGGCAUAUAUAAAUGAAAAUGGCAGGAAUCUACAAGAACAGUAUUAUCACCCACCAGCAAAAUUAUUUCGUUAUGAGGUAGAACAAUUAGAUUCUGGAGAUUCUGAUGUCAGUCAACUCAUGAUAGUAGAAGCAUCUCAAGUCAGAAGACAAAAACAACAUUAUAGCAGAGAACGUAAUAAGAUAUUCCUUCGGCAACUCUGUGAACAAAAUGAUAGCGGUAUAUGGGUUGUUAAGGAAAGUGUUUUGGAAAAAUAUGGAAUUAAUAAAGUACGUUUUGAUACUAUUUUUGCUGGCACACUUCCAGAUUUUACAGUGCGUGUGAAAAAAUCUGUCAAACAGAAACAAGAAUCCAUAGAUAAAUUUCUCACCUCAGAUGUAUCAAAACAAAGAACAUUUGAAAAAGCAGAUCCACUGAAAAAAGUUAGCGAUGGUAAAAAGCCGAAUGAUACUGGUGCAGUAAAGAAAUUUCGAAAACCAAGAAUGAAUGGCAAAUUUAAAGAAGAACUUAAAGCGAAAGCUUUGGAGGAGAAAGCAAAACGUAAAGAAGAAAGAGCGCUGAAAAGCGAACAUAAGAAGGAGAAAAAACAAAAGUUAGCAGCUUUGGCUGCAUACAUGAAGCAGUGGAAUAAACCGAGAGAAGAUCUCGAAUGUGAAGAUCUUUGUCCCCUUCCUGAACCUACUGUUAUUAAAUGCAACAUACCAAACGAAAAAUUUGGAGAUUUUGUUAUGAUAUCGGAAUUUCUUGAAUUUUUCAAUGAAGAAUUAGAGGUAUCAGUAUAUUUUCCGGGAGGCUUUAGUUUCGAAUUGUUGGAAAAAACAUUAUUGACCAAAGAAGCAUCUGGUCCCUGGAGUGAUCUGUUACAACUGUUAUUAUCCAAUAUAUUUAAAUAUCAAGCGGGAGAAGAUAAUGAAAUUGAUGCUCAAGCAUCUACUUUGCUGGAUGAUAUUAGUCCUUAUGAAGGCGCAUCAUCAAUGGCAAAGGCUGUAAAACUUGCUACAAUGGCUUCUAGAUGGUGUCCAACUUAUCAGGGAUGCAAACUAUCAGAACUUACAUUAGACCAUGUAACUUUGAGUGAAAUUUUGAGACAACAUUUAUUAAGUUCUGGAGGACGUAUAAGCGAAGCGGCUUCUAAAUGGCGAUAUUCUCAAAAGGGUGGCUAUACAAAUUUUGACGAACCAGCACUUCUUCUGAGGGUAAAUGACGGUUAUAUUUUGCGAUUAUUAGGUCACCGAAAUGUUUGCGAAUUUGAUUUAGAUGACAAAAUAAAAGUCGUCACAUGUCUGAUUAAUCAGUUGCUUACUUUCGCAUCAAUACGUGACGCAAUCGAAGAGCGAUAUGAUAAACUACAUCAAGCAAAGAGAGAGUUAAAGUUGUUUUUGCUUGCUGAACAAAAGAAGGAGAAAGAGGAAAAAGAAAAGAUGCGGGAACGCGAGAAAGAAGGAAAACUUGAGGAAGAAGAGCCAAAGGUAAAAAAAGUUACACGUGGCAAUUAUGAGGAAGAAAAGAAAAGGGAAGAAUAUGAAAACAAACUGAAAGAAUUACAGCAAGCUUCAAGGGAUGACAAGAUGAUGCUUUAUCUGGGCUCAGAUAGAGCUCAUCGAAGAUAUUGGAGAUUUAUAUCUAUACCAGGAUUAUUUGUAGAAAAUGAUGAACGCUGGCCUGGAAGUUGUCUUCCCGAGGGUACUCCACAUCAUCCAGAAUUACAAGAUAAGGAGGCAACGUAUGCAUAUCUAAAAAAUAAAUUUGAAGAUGAAUUUAGCGACAAAGAGAACAGUUUCAAAAAAUCAAAGAAGUCACCCAAGAAACUAUUAUCCUCGGAUAAAAACGGAGUUAAAUCGCCACGCAAAGAAACAAAUUCACGAAAGGAAUUUAAGCAAGAUCUCACUAACAUUAAAAAGAGCUUGAUGUUGUGUACAGGAGAUAAAGACUGUCCUGUGCAUUGCAAGAGAUCGCAGGUUACCUGGAGCUUUUAUGGAAAUCAAGAAGACAUACAAGCGCUAAUAGAUAACUUGAGUACAAGGGGUAUUAGGGAGAGCGAGCUUAGAAAUAAUCUUUUGCAAGAGAUGGACAAUUUGCUUCUUGUUAUCAAUGACUGUUCUAAAUAUAGAUUAAAUCCCGACAUUUUUUCAGAUUCCAAUAAAGGGCAAAUCAAUAAGACAUCUAAGAAGAAUAAGUAUGAGAACGCGAAUUUGAAUUUUCCUCCCGAUGUGGCGGUCGAGGAAGUAAUAGAAAUGACAUUGAGAGAUCACAUUUUGGAUUUUGAAGAUAAAAUCAAUGCAGGUUGUUUGGGAUCUCUUAAGAUUAUCGAUCGCGCGGUCUGGAGAAACGCGAUCAAUCAGAGAAGUUAUGACAAACAAUGUGAUAAACUGAUGUGUGCCGGUAGUGAGAUAGACAUAGAUAUACUACCUUCUAAUACAUUGAUAGACAAGAUAAAGAACGAAUCUAAACACAGUAGACCCGGUACCCCCGAUUCUGAGGUCGGAAGUAUUAGCGUAAAGACUUACAGAGAUCCAGGAAUGUACUUAGGUUUACCCAGCGAAGAUGAAAUGGCGAUCGAUCAAAGGCAACAGGCGGCUAUCAAACAGAUGGCUUGUGCUAUUUUGCAGUUGUCCCACGCUAUAGAACAGAGAUAUUUGCAGAGACCGCUUGGACCCGAUCAAAAAGACAAGAAAUGGUCGGGCGAAGAGGCUCGGGAGAGAUGGGAACAGUCAUUGAUAGCGUCAACCAAUUGGUCUCAGUUGUUUGUUCACUUGAGUACUUUGCAUAAUAGUGUCGCGUGGGACAGAAGCGCGUUAAACGCUCAAUGUCGCAUAUGUCGAAGGCGUAGAGACGCGGAGAACAUGUUGCUUUGUGACGGAUGCAACAGGGGACAUCAUCUCUAUUGUCUAAAACCGAAACUUAACGCUGUACCGCCAGGAGAUUGGUUUUGUACAGCGUGCAGACCACCGGAGAUAAAACCCAAGGAAAAAGCGAAAAAGCGAAAAAGAUUCGAAGAUGAAGUCGAGGACGAAGCAAUACUGACCAAAGAAACGCGACACAAUCGCGCGAAGCGCAUAUCUCACAGCGAUGAUGAGAAUGAUCAAGAAGACGAUCAAGACGACGAAGAUAGCGAGGAAGAUAUAAAUGUACGACUAGAAAACUUAUGCGCAUCAUGUAAAAGUGGUGGAAAACUGAUCUCCUGCGACACAUGUCCAAAUCAUUAUCAUUUAGAAUGCGUAGAACCGCCAUUAUCGAGGGCUCCUAGAGGAAGAUGGUCUUGUUCUAAAUGCAAGGCUAAAAGAAGGAAUGCAACAAAAGAUAGCAGUGCAUCGGAUGAUACCGAACCGAGACAAACGCGACGUGCGACGAAGAGGGCCGCCGAAAUUGAACACGAGGAAGACAAAAAUUCAAUCAAGGGAUGUAUGGCUAGACUGCAAGAAUUAUUGACUGAUAUUAGGCAUCAUAGAGAUUCGUGGCCAUUUCUGUCGCCUGUCACAAAGGAUGAGGUCCCAGAUUAUCACGAUAUCAUUUCUAAUCCAAUGGACUUUGGGACUAUUAAAUAUAAAUUAGGAAACGGCGAUUAUGAGACGCUAGAUAAAUUCUUUAGCGAUUGCCAGCUGAUUUUUGAAAACUGCAGAUUGUACAACAAGGAACAUAGUUCUGUCUACAAUUAUGUAUAUAGUGCAGGUACGCGAUUACACAAGUACUUUGAGAAACGCUGCAAAGAAUUAGGCUUGAAUUUCGAACUUUUCCAAGAACCUAAGGUUAAGAGGACAAGAUUCGACGACGAUAAUAUCGAAGAAAAUUGCACGUCGGAUAGCGAGGACGAUGAAGCACAGAAGAGAAGAUAGAAUAAAAAAAAUAUAUACAUAUAUAUAUACUUUAGCAUAGAGUACAUACUCGUGAGAUUUAAAAAUCUGAUACCGCUCAAGAAGUUUAUAUAUUUUGAAUUUAGCAUAUGGACUUAUAUACCGAUAAUUGAUCACGAGCGGUAUACAGAUUCAGUAUGUAGCUCAAGAUAUUUUAUAAAUUAUAUAAACACUUUUUUUCACAGUGAGUAGUGACAAAUUACAUUGACAACUCGAUGGAAUAGUACAACUGAAUGAAAAUUACUUUGCAAAAUCAACAGCACACAUAUAUAUAUAUAAUGUACGAAAGAUUUUUUUUUCUCUCUAAAGUCGGUUUCUUCGAGGCUUGUUAUAAUAACGAUAUAUGCAGUAUUAUUUGCAGAAUUGCAUACUCGCACUACGUAUAUUUUAGAUGCAUUGCACAUACACAGAAUUUUACAGCAAACAUAUACAGCUAAUUAAUUUCAUUGGCUUUAUUCAAUUUUAAGUUUUCUUUUUUUUUUUUUUAGAUAUAGAAACAAGAAAAAAUUCUCAAUAUAUUUUCACAUUGACAAUUAUUUAUUAUUUUAGUGUUAUUCACAUAUAUACACGCGCGCGCGCGCGCGCGCGCACACACACACACGUCAACACAUAUUCUUCGCAGUAGUUAUAUUAAGAAUCAUUAACUGUAUAUGAAUGAAAAUUAUGUUGUGAAUUAAGCUCUAUCAAUUUCUUUUCUCGAAACCGUUUAUACACAAGGUUUAAUUAUAGAAUAUACAGUUUUCAAGAAAAUAUAUAAAACAAACGCAUUAGCAAAUUUAUGUUUGUAGAUCCAGACAAUAAAAUUGGAUACUUUUG